AGUGCCUCCCAAUAUUCCAUCGCUUGUUGUGUAUAUAUAUACAUACAAGCAUACAUACACAUACAGAGAGAGAGAGAGAGAGCAUAUAGAGAGUUUACCCUCUAAUAUCUAUUCGAACAAUAUCAAAUUCCAUUGCCCUAAAGCCCAACAGCACAAGCUCAUAUAAUUAAAUCAUUAUAUAUAUUAAAAUGAAGAAAGCUUAUUUGACUGUAAUUCUGAUACAAGCCAUCUAUGCUGGAAUGAACUUGCUCUCCAAGGCCGCCUUCGAUGGAGGAAUGAACAACUUCAUCUUUGUUUUCUACAGACAAGCUGCGGCCACUGCCUGCAUAGUCCCCGUCGCAGUCUUCCUCGAAUGGAAAACUGCACCGCCGCUACCUUUCAUUACCUUCUGCAAGAUUUUUCUUCUUUCUUUUUCUGGGAUAACGUUAAGCUUGGAUAUAUAUGGCAUUGCUCUUAUUUAUACCUCAGCUACUCUGGCUGCUGCAACCACAAAUUGUCUCCCUGUUAUCACUUUCUUCUUGACACUUCUACUCGGGAUGGAAACUCUGAAGUUGAGGACCAAAGCGGGAAUUGCAAAGCUUAUAGGCAUAAUAGUGUGCAUAACUGGCGUGGCUUGCCUGGCUUUCUAUAAGGGCCCUCAUUUCAAUCUCCUUUCGCUUCUUCAUCUUUCUGGUCACCACCAUAACUCCCAGCAUCCUCACCAUUCUUCCGGAAAAUCUUGGAUCAAGGGAGUUUUCCUCAUGCUCCUUUCAAAUUUCUUCUGGGGCACAUUUCUUGUUUUUCAGGUGCACUUAAUGAAGAGCUAUCCUUCAAAGCUUCUUUUAACAGCUCUUCAGUGCUUUCUGAGUACAGUUCAAUCGUUUGCCAUAGCCAUUGCAUUGGAAAGAAACCCAUCUCAGUGGCAACUUGGUUGGAAUGUCAGACUCCUUUCGGUGGCUUAUUGUGGAAUUGUUGUGACUGCUGUCACCUAUUACUUACAAGCGUGGGUUAUUGAGAAGAAGGGUCCGGUUUUCCUAGCCAUGUCAACUCCCUUGGCUUUAAUUAUUACAAUCUUGUGUUCUGCUAUUUUCUUGGGCCAGGUCAUCACUUUAGGAAGCAUUUUAGGUGGGGCUUUUUUGAUCCUAGCGCUUUACAGCGUUUUGUGGGGAAAAAGCAGAGAGGAAGAGAUAAAUAAUAUUGUUGAGAAUUGCCUGCCAGCUGAUAAAAAAGAAUGUUCAGAAUUAAAAGAAAUAGUUACAAAAAGUAUUGCCUAGUAUAAAUGCUUUCUUUUUCAUCGGAAAAAUAAGUUAAGCUAGGAAGAAGAAAUAUUUAUUUUUAUAAUGCAAGUAUUAUUAGUGAAAAUAUAAUAUCUAUUUAUAUAUAUAUAUGGGUUGGUAUUUAAUGAUUA